GCCGGCUGGCCAUUUCGUUUGAGCCGCACCAGUGUGUAGGUCUGAUCAUCACUUCGCAGUCUUGUUCCGACGCCAGGACCGACGGAGACGAUGAUGCUGGGCACUGAAGGCGGAGAGGGGUUCGUGGUGAAGGUCCGGGGCUUGCCCUGGUCUUGCUCGGCCGAUGAAGUACAGCGGUUUUUUUCUGACUGCAAAAUUCAAAACGGGGCUCAAGGUAUUCGUUUCAUCUACACCAGAGAAGGCAGACCAAGUGGCGAGGCUUUUGUUGAACUUGAAUCAGAAGAUGAAGUCAAAUUGGCCCUGAAAAAAGACAGAGAAACUAUGGGACACAGAUAUGUUGAAGUAUUCAAGUCAAACAACGUUGAAAUGGAUUGGGUGUUGAAGCAUACUGGUCCAAAUAGUCCCGACACGGCCAAUGAUGGCUUUGUGCGGCUUAGAGGACUCCCCUUUGGCUGUAGCAAGGAAGAAAUUGUUCAGUUCUUCUCAGGGUUGGAAAUCGUGCCAAAUGGGAUAACAUUGCCGGUGGACUUCCAGGGGAGGAGUACGGGGGAGGCCUUCGUGCAGUUUGCUUCACAGGAAAUAGCUGAAAAGGCUCUAAAGAAACACAAGGAAAGAAUAGGGCACAGGUAUAUCGAAAUCUUUAAGAGCAGUCGAGCUGAAGUUCGAACUCACUACGAUCCACCUCGAAAACUCAUGGCCAUGCAGCGGCCAGGUCCCUAUGACAGGCCUGGGGCUGGCAGAGGGUAUAACAGUAUUGGCAGAGGAGCUGGCUUUGAAAGGAUGAGGCGUGGUGCUUAUGGUGGAGGCUACGGAGGCUAUGAUGACUAUAAUGGCUACAAUGAUGGCUAUGGAUUUGGCUCAGAUAGAUUUGGAAGAGACCUCAAUUACUGUUUUUCAGGAAUGUCUGAUCACAGGUACGGCGAUGGUGGUUCUACUUUCCAGAGCACAACAGGACACUGCGUACACAUGCGGGGCUUACCUUACAGAGCUACCGAGAAUGACAUUUAUAAUUUUUUUUCACCGCUCAACCCAGUGAGAGUACACAUUGAAAUUGGUCCUGAUGGCAGAGUAACUGGUGAAGCAGAUGUUGAGUUUGCGACUCAUGAAGAUGCGGUGGCAGCAAUGUCCAAAGACAAAGCAAAUAUGCAACACAGAUAUGUAGAGCUCUUCUUGAAUUCUACAGCAGGAGCAAGCGGUGGUGCUUACGAGCACAGAUAUGUAGAACUCUUCUUGAAUUCUACAGCAGGAGCAAGCGGUGGUGCUUAUGGUAGCCAAAUGAUGGGAGGCAUGGGCUUGUCAAACCAGUCCAGUUACGGUGGUCCAGCCAGCCAGCAGCUGAGUGGUGGUUACGGAGGCGGCUAUGGUGGUCAGAGCAGCAUGAGUGGCUAUGGCAGCCAAGGAGCAGUGAACAGCAGCUACUGCAGUAGUGGAAGCCGUACAUCUUUGGGAGUGAACGGAAUGGGAGGGAUGUCUAGCAUGUCCAGUAUGAGUGGUGGAUGGGGAUUGUCAUCCUGAUCACUGACUCUCUUUUUUUUUUAAGAUAAAAAGUGUAACAGUUUUGCAAUAUAAGCUUGUGAUUCAUGCUUACUCUAAGUGGAAAUCAGGAUUGUUUUUUAAACACAAAACAUUCAUCUAGCGUACCAACAUUUGAGUAAACUAUAACUGUUAAACAAGUUCAGCUUUUCUCAAGUUAGUUGUAGGAUGUACUUACGCAGUCAGCGUCUUUAGGUGAAAGCAGUUCAAUUAUGUUAAAUGUUGCUCUUAGACCACAUGUUGAAUAUUGAAUGCAUGUUGAAAGACAUGCCUUUUUUGUAAAAAACCUCAAGCAUAGGAGCUGUGUCUACAAUUAAAAAGUGAAGCAUUUGGCAUGUUUGUUAAUUCUUAGUUUCAUUUAAUAACCCGUAAGGCACGUAAGUUUAAGGUUUUUUUUCGUGUUUUUUUUUUUAAGUUAAAGGGGAAAAUGAGACGCAAUACCAAUACUUUUAGGAUUUUGGUCUUGGUGUUUGUAUGAAAUUCUAAGGCCUUGAUUUAAAUCUCAUUAUAUUGUGAUUUACUUUUUAGGUGUAUUGCGGUAAAUGAAACUUGUCAAAUAAAUCUUUCUUUAAAAACUGCAA